GACGACCUUCUAGCUGCCCGCAAGUAUCUCAUUCGCACGUAUCGUGCUCUUGUCGUGAUGAGCUCCUCUGAGGAGAACUUCGACCUCGACGUUUCUGGCUCUGGCUCGGAGUCGGACAACUAUGCGCCUGCGCCCAAGAAAGCAACCAAGGCCACUGCGAAGCCUAAAGCCGCGUCGAAACCCGCAAAGGCCCCUGCGAAGCCAAAGGCUUCUGCGGCGAAGAAGAAGGUCCUUGUCGACAAGGAUGAUAACGCAGACUCGGAUGUCGAUAUGCUCGACGAUGACGGCGCUGGACCGAGUGCUCGAGCUGCGGCCCCGGCCGCGCCUGCGAAGAAGAAGACAGCUUCUGAGACUUACACGAAGCUGUCACAACUCGAGCAUAUCCUGAAGAGACCCGAUUCGUACAUCGGAAGCGUCGAGACUAUCACGCAGCCCAUGUGGGUAUGGGACUCGGACAACAAGCGUAUGGCCCACCGAGAGAUCAAGUACGUUCCCGGUUUCUUCAAGAUAAUAGACGAAAUCUUGGUCAAUGCCGCCGACAACAAAAUUAACGACUCUAGCAUGGACACUAUCAAGGUCACCAUUGACCCUGAGGACAACUUGAUCUCAGUCUACAACAACGGUCGAGGUAUCCCCAUCGAGAUGCAUUCUAAAGAGAAGAUCUACAUCCCAGAGCUCAUCUUCGGACACCUCUUGUCCUCCUCCAACUAUGACGACGAUGAGAAGAAGCUCACCGGUGGUCGUAACGGCUACGGUGCUAAGCUCGCCAACAUCUACUCGACCAACUUCACCCUCGAGACCGCGGACAAGAAUACCUCUCAGAAGUACGCCCAAACGUGGACGGAGAAUAUGAGCAAGAUGGGAAAAGCGAAGAUCACGAAGAACGGACGUGGAGAGGAGUACACUCGCGUCACCUUCAAGCCCGACCUCAAGCGAUUUGGAAUGGACUCGAUCGACGAGGACACGGUCGCGCUACUCAAGAAGCGCGUGCACGAUAUGGCGGGAACGGUGAAAGACAUCAAGGUCUUCUUGAACGACGAGAGGAUCAAAGUGAAGGGCUUCAAGCAAUACGUUGACCUUUAUCUCAGCUCCGUGGCGGAGCAAGCCGCCGAGUCAUCAGGCGGUGCAGCUCAGGCGAAGCCGACAAUGACCUUCGAGGCGAUUGGUUCUCGCUGGGAGGUCGCAUUCGCAGUCUCAGACGGCACCUUCCAGCAGGUCUCCUUCGCGAACUCCAUAUCCACUAUCAAGGGCGGCACACAUGUCAAUCUCAUUGCGGAACAGAUUGCAAAGAAUCUGCUCGCGUUCAUUCAGAAGAAGAACAAGGCGGCCACCGUCAAGCCCGCGCAGAUCAAGAAUCAUAUGUGGAUCUUCGUCAAUGCGCUCAUCGAGAACCCAACAUUCGACAGUCAGACGAAGGAGACGCUUACCUUGCCCGCGAGCAAGUUUGGCACAAGGCCAACUCUGUCGGAGGAUUUCAUGAAGAAAGUCCAGAAGUCUGCGAUCGUUGAUCAUGUCCUUAAUUGGGCCAAGUUUAAGGCUGAUCAGCAGAUGAAGAAGACGGAUGGCAGUCGUCGGAAUAGGCUCACCGGUCUACCGAAGCUAUCAGACGCGAACAACGCCGGGACGAGGAAGGCUGCCGACUGCACGCUGAUCCUCACUGAAGGUGACUCCGCCAAGUCGCUGGCGGUCGCGGGUCUAAGUGUUGUCGGUCGUGAUAACUUCGGCGUGUUCCCUCUGCGUGGCAAGCCGCUUAACGUCCGCGAUGCCAGACACGAGCAGAUCAUGAAGAACGAGGAGAUCCAGAACAUCAAGAAGAUUCUUGGACUACAGCACAACAAGGACUACAACGACACGAACGGUCUGCGUUAUGGCCGACUCAUGUUAAUGACUGAUCAGGAUCACGAUGGGUCUCACAUCAAGGGACUCCUCAUCAACUACUUCGACCACUUCUAUCCCUCGCUGCUGAAGGUACCGAAAUUCCUCGUGGAGUUCAUUACUCCUAUCGUUCGGGUCACGAAGGGCGGUCAGAAGAUCAACUUCUAUACCAUGCCCGAGUACGAGCAGUGGAAGGAAGAGACUCCGAACCAGGACAAAUGGAAGCACAAGUACUUCAAGGGUCUGGGUACGAGUACGGACGCGGACGCAAGGGACUAUUUCAAGCAGAUGCGCAAGCAUAUGAUACCCUUCUGCACAACACAACAGGGAGAUCGCGAGCUCAUUGAGCUCGCGUUCAGUAAGAAGAAGGCGGACGAGCGGAAGGAAUGGUUGCGCCAGUGCAGGCCCGGUACGUUCCUGGAUCACAAUCAGGAUGAAAUCAAGUUCUCGGACUUCAUCAACAAGGAGCUCAUCCUCUUCUCGAUGGCCGACAACGUUCGCUCCAUCCCGUCCGUUGUCGAUGGGUUGAAGCCGGGUCAACGGAAAGUUGUCUGGUCCUGUUUCAAACGGAAGCUCAAAGGAGAAAUCAAGGUCGCUCAACUGGUCGGUUACGUGUCAGAACACGCGCAGUACCACCACGGAGAGCAGAGUCUGGUGUCUACCAUCGUCAACCUUGCUCAAGACUACGUCGGAAGCAACAACAUGAAUCUUUUCAUGCCGAACGGUCAGUUCGGUACUCGCGACCAGGGCGGCAAGGACCACGCCUCGGCCAGGUAUAUCUACACGGAGCUCUCGCCCAUCACUCGCAUGGUGUUCCACGCCCACGAUGACCCAUUGAUGAACUUCCAAAUCGGUGAUGACGGCAAGUUUGUCGAGCCGGACUUCUAUGUACCGGUCCUACCAAUGGUUCUCGUCAACGGCGCGGAAGGUAUCGGAACCGGUUGGAGUACUUCCAUUCCGAGCUUCAACCCAGAGGACAUCGUCGCCAACAUCCGUCGCCUGAUGGAUGGCGAGGAGCAAGUACCCAUGUUACCCUGGUCGCGCGGGUUCAGGGGGACCAUCAAGAAGGUCGGCGACAACAAGUACGACGUGAUAGGAUGUGUCGCGAAGGUUGACGAUACGACCAUCGAGAUUACUGAGCUCCCUGUCGGCAAGUGGACGCAGAACUACAAAGCUGAGCUGGAGGCUAUGUGCGGUGAGAAGGGCGAUGGUCCUAUCAAGGACUAUAAGGAGUACCACAACAACAUGAACGUCCACUUCAUCAUCAACCUGGAACCGAAGCAGAUGGAGAAGGCGGAGGCUCAGGGCCUGACCGAAUUCUUCAAGCUCACGGGCAAGCUUAACACGAGCAACAUGAUCUGUUUCGACUUCGACGGCCACAUCAGGAAGUACAACACCCCUGAGGAGAUCAUUGAAGAGUUCUAUCCUAAACGCCUCGCGUAUUAUCAGAUGCGGAAGGAUUAUAUGGCAGCCGAGCUGGAGUUGGAACUCGCAAGGCUCACCAAUCAAGCUCGAUUCGUGCAGAUGAUCGUCAACAAGGAGCUCGUUGUCAACAAUCGUAAGAAGGCAGACAUCGUUAUUGAAUUGCGCAAGCUUGAGUUCCGACCCUUCGCGAAGGUCUCUAAAGCCAAGAAGGCCGGAGAGACAGAGGAGCUUGUCGAGAUCAACGAUGAAGGCGAGGAUGACGAGGAGGGCAGAGAUACGGACUUCGACUACCUCCUCGGCAUGGCUAUCUGGAGCCUGACGAAGGAGAAGAUUGCGAAGCUCCUUGCGCAAGCGAAGGAGAAGGAACAAGAACUGCUUGCGUUCCUCGAACUGACUCCGAUCAUACUGUGGCAGAAGGAUCUGGAUCGAUUCUUGGACGAGUGGAGGGCGAAUUGCGAUCAGUGGGAAGCUAAGACUAUCUCAGCGGAUGGCGCCUCCAAGAAGGCCAAGCGCAAGCAGGCUACCUUGAAGCAAUUGACGAAAAAGGCCCAUGGCUCCGAUGACUCGGAGGAUGAAUUCAGGCCUAAGAAGGCUGCUGCGAAGGCGAAGAAACCGGAAUCGAAGCCCCCUGUUGCAAAGCAAGCCGGACCUUCCGGGUCGAGACUUAAGGUCGAGGAUGACGAUCUAGACGACGUGAAGCCUCCCCCACCCAAGAAGGCGAUCAAGAAAGCCGUGAAGGAUGAAUCGGAUUCUGAUUUGGACGUUGGCAAGGGCAAGGCUGCACCACUGAAGAAAGCAGCGGCUCGAAAGGCUCCCAAGGAUGAUGAUGACUCUGACUUCGAGAUGAUCGUUGACAAACGGGGCCCCGCGGCCAAGAAAGCUGCGUCAAUCGAGGACUUAGAUUCUGACGUCGAGGUUGUCCUCCCUACCAAGGAUAAGGGCAAGAGCAAAGCUCGCACUGCUCCCAAUUCGAAACGGAAGAGCCCGGACGACGAGGCUUCUGAUGACGAUGUGCAAGCCGUACCUCAGAAGAAGAAGAAAGCCGAGGGUAAUCUGACCGACUUCUUCGAGAAGGCUCCGGCCAAGAAGCCAACCGCUCGCAAGCCUUCUUCAGGAACUCAAGCAGCGAAAGCUCGGAUUGCGCCUGAUGAGGCGUCCUCGGACGAUGAGCUUAUUGCGCCACCAGCGCUGAAGGCGACCACACGGAAGCCCACCAGCAAACCGUCUACUGCGAAGAAGCUGGUUGACGACGAUCUCUCGAUGGACGACGACAUGCCGCCCCCACCACUGCCCUCUAAGACGGCGCGCAAAGCUUCCGGGAGUAAACCGGCCGCCGCGCCGAAGAAGAAAGCAGUGUCGAAGACGGUCGACAGCGAUGACGACGUGGCGGAGGUUCAACCGCCGACUCGUACCGAGGCACCUAGGCGUGCCGCCAGAGGCGUACCCAAAAGCUACAUCGAGAUUCCAUCGUCUGGGGAUGAGGCUGGUCAGGAUGCUUCGGAGUUCGAGGAUUUCGAUUGAGGAUCGUCUGAGUGGCCAGAGUUGUCUUCCCUGAUACGGUCCGUUGUAGUGCUUCGCAUCCCGUCUCGGAGAUCCAUGUGUCAUCAUCCUUAUUUUAUUUACUGUAUCGCGUGUUACUGAUUCCUGUCUCGACAUACCCCCGGGCCUCCCUUCAAAGGCUGAUCUCAUUUGUAUCAUUUGUGCAGUGUUCUCCUGCAGUUACGUACGUUGACGACUUACGACCGCAUAGACAUGACAUUCAUUCUCCAUCCAUGCAAUGGUGUUGGUGCGUCGGUGGCAGAUCCAUGCGAUCGCUCAGCGCACA